GCUCCCAUCCCCAAGGGUUCGGCGGAGAUGCUGCUGCUCAGACCCAUCGUGAGAGGUCUCUGGGUCCUCCAGAGUACGCCUAGGUUGGCAGGUGUGGCCUGGGGGUCCCUCCCCCGAGCGUGCGCCGCCUGGACCCCCUCCCGUGCUCAGGGCACCUGGAGCGCUGGCCACAGCAGCCAGAGACGGAAGGUCACUGCAGUGGGGGCCUUGCUGGGCCUGGGUGCUGGCCUGGCCUAUGGAAAUCACCGCAGGCAGGCGACGGAGGCUGAGCCGAAUGCAGAGGCUGCACCAGGGGCACCGUACCCCGUAUUCACCCGCCAGGAGGUGGGGCAGCACCGCAGCCUGGCCGACCGGGUCUGGGUGACCUACGGGAACGAGGUCUUUGACAUCACCGACUUCGUGGAGCUGCACCCAGGGGGCCAGAGCAAGAUCCUGCUGGCGGCGGGGGGGGCACUGGAGCUGCUCUGGGCCAUGUACGCCGUGCACAGCCAGGAGCAUGUGCUGGGGAUCCUGCGAGGCUACAAAGUGGGCGAGUUGAGCCCCGAGGAGCAGAGCCAGCCUACCCCGGAGGACCCCUACGCCGGGGACCCCCCUCGGCAUCCCGCCCUCAAAGUCAACAGCCUCAAGCCCUUCAAUGCGGAGCCGCCGGCCGAACUGCUGACCGAGAACUACCUGACGCCCAACCAGCUCUUCUUCAAACGCAACCACCUGCCUGUGCCGGCCGUGGACCCAGCCAGCUACCGUCUGCAGGUGGAGGGGCCACGGGGCCGGACGCUGGCUCUCUCCCUGCAUGAGCUGAAGAGCCGCUUCCCCAAGCACGAGGUGACGGCCACGCUGCAGUGCGCCGGCAACCGCCGCUCGGAGAUGAACCGUGUCCGGCCGGUGAAGGGGCUGGAGUGGGGUGUGGCGGCCCUCAGCACGGCCCGCUGGGGCGGCGCCCGGCUGCGAGACGUCCUGGCACACGCCGGCUACCCGGAGGAGGGGCAGGCCGGGGAGCAGCACGUCGGCUUUGAGGGGCUGGAUCAGGACCUGAGCGGGGCAGCCUACGGGGCCUCCAUCCCCUACAGCACGGCCAUGGGUUGCCACGGCGACGUGCUACUGGCCUACGAGAUGAACGGCGAGGAGCUGCCGCGGGACCACGGCUACCCGCUGCGCGUGGGGGUGCCGGGCGUGGUGGGCGCCCGCAACGUCAAGUGGCUGGGCCGCAUCUCCGUGAGCCGGGAGGAGAGCCAGAGCCACUGGCAGCAGAACGACUACAAGGGCUUCUCGCCCUCCGUGGACUGGGACACGGUGGAUUUCAGCACAGCCCCCGCCAUCCAGGAGCUCCCCGUCCAGUCGGCCAUCACGGAGCCCGCCCCGGGCGCUGCCGUGCCGCCCGGGGAGCUGACGGUCAAAGGCUACGCCUGGAGCGGGGGCGGGCGUGGCGUGGGGCGCGUGGACGUGUCACUAGAUGGUGGCCGGACGUGGCACGUGGCCGAGCUGAAGGGCGAGGAGCAGGCGCCGGGCCGGGCCUGGGCGUGGCAGCUGUGGCAGCUCACGGGCCCCGUGGCCCCCGGCAGCACGGAGCUGGACGUUGUCUGCAAGGCCGUGGACGCCAGCUACAAUGUGCAGCCUGACACGGUGGCGCCCAUCUGGAACCUGCGGGGGGUGCUGAGUAACGCCUGGCACCGCGUCCACGUCACCGUGGUUCAGGAUUAAUGGAGGGGGCAGCUGGAGGGGCAGGCCCCAGCCCCUCUGCCGGCACCAACAGGUUAUUAAACAUAGAGGAGAGCAGGGACAAGGGAGAUGUUCACCUCCAGCGCCCUCUGCCCCCCCCCCCAGGAUGGAUAGAGAUGCGGGGGCUGAAUCAGGGAGAGAGCUUCUGAAACGGCUGCACCCAGUCGCGGGGGGGACUUAGAAAGGCCAGUGGGGGCAGCUGCCCCCCUCUGGCCUCUCCAGGGCUCCCUGCUUAUGAGCCUGGCUUAGGAACGACUGUCUCCCUGGGGACAGGGGCUGGCCCAGGGGCAGACUAGGAAGUCAGGGCUGCAGCUUUGUGUGAGAUGAGUUUGGUGGGUCUCAGCC